CAAAUUUUUAAAAGACAUUCCAAAGACCAUUAAAUUCCAAAUUAGUUCUUAUUGUAACUGAUAUUUGUUUUAUAUGGGAAUUUAUUUUUGUAUUAUUUUAUGAAGGGUAAAAUAUCGGAGUGUGGAGACGUAUAUACACACGGUUUUGUGAAGUUUCCUAGCUAUUAUAUAUCGCGGUGCAGAAGUUUCAACGAGGUUUGCCUCAUGGUAAGAUUUUGAUAAAAAGUAGUGCACGUGCGAUUCAGUGCUCUCUCAUUCAGUGCUGAUUGUGACAAACGACACUUCCAAUAUGGAAUACAAGAACACGCUUUGAGCACCUUUGUUACUGCAACACGGUUUUACGAGAUGCGAUUUCUUAGCUUUAUAAGACAAUGCCUCAUCAGACAUUUUGUGAACGGAAUUUUUUUUUUGUCGACCCUUUGCGUGUAUGGUGCAUUUGAACAGAAUAUCAUGGAAAUAUCUCUCUCUCCCCCUGCCGAGGUUGUAUCUACUGCUUCUUCCUCUGUUCUUCCCCCAUCAUCUCUAUCUCCUGCUUCCUCCUCUACUCGUGUUCUACCGUCAUCUGUAUCUGCUGCUUUCGAGGAAGAUAUGCCAUCAUUUAAAUUUGCUGCUUCUUCCUCUACUCCUCCCCUGUUAACUGUAUCUGCUGCUUCCUCCUCUGCUCCUCCCCCACCGUCAUCUGUAUCUGCUGCUUAUGAGGAGGUUGUGCCGUCAUAUUUAUCUGCUGCUUUCGAGGAGGUUGUGCCGUCAUCUUUAUCUGCUGCUUUCUCCUCUGCGCCUCUUCUCCCUGCUACUUCUUACGAUGUUUUCAUCAACCAUUACGGAGAGGAUGUCAAAUAUACCCUCGCCACCAACAUCCACGAUAAACUUACUGCUUUGGGAUUCUCCGUCUUUCUUGAUGUCUAUUCCCUUGAACUGGGUGAUGUCAUUCCAGCACAUAUCGAAGAAGCCAUGCGCACUGCCUCACUUCAUAUUGCCAUUUUCUCUCCCAAGUAUGUCGAAUCCCCUUGGUGUUUGGCAGAGUUGGCUUACAUGCUCAAUACACCUAAUAGAGUUAUCCCCGUCUUUUAUCGUGUGGAUCCUUCCGAUCUGCGCUGGGUGGGUAAAGGAAAAGGAAGCUAUGCUCCUUCAUUUUCCCGACAUGAAAAGCAGGGAAGAUACUCCGCCCAAAAGGUUGAGGAGUGGAAGAUGGCACUGGAGAAAAUUUCAUUUCAUAAAGGCUUCGUGGUUAAGGAUAAUAAAGAUGAAGGGUUGCUGUUGAAGAAAAUUGUAAAUAUGGUAUUACUGGGAAAGGUGCCGUUGCCGGUAACCCAAAAUUCUGUUGGACUGGAUGAUGUUGUUCUAGAUUUUGAAAGAAAUACAUUUGGAUGUGCGCAAGGUGAGCGCAAUGUUCAAAUUGUAGGGAUCGUAGGAAUGGGUGGAAUUGGUAAAACCACGUUGGCAAAGGAGCUGUAUAACAGAAAAUCUUCGUCUUUCCAUAGCUGCUGUUUUGUAUUUGCAGUGCGAGAUGCUGCAAGCAGAAAUGCUUUACAUGAGAAGCAGAAAAAGCUUCUGGAGGAUAUUGGUGUCAGAGGCUUAACAUUCGAUAACAUAGACGAAGGAAAAGCUAUUCUGGCAAAUCGGUUGAGAUCUCUUCGUGCGCUCAUCGUCUUGGAUGAUGUAGAUGAUGAGACCCAACUGGAUGCUCUGUUGCCAACUAAGGACUGCCUUGGUUCAGGCAGUCUUGUCAUUGUCACGACUCGAGAAUUGCAUCUGCUUGAUAAGUGGGAUUCCAAGUCAUAUAGAAUGAACGAACUGGAUUACUUAAAUGCCAAGGCGCUUUUUUGUCGGCAUGCUUUUCCACAAGGCUACCCAGAAGAGGGAUUUGCAGGUAUAGUUGAAAAGUUUUUGAAAACUUGCAAUGGAUUGCCUUUGUCCCUCGAGGUAUUUGGACGACUUGUUUAUGGCAGGCCCAAGGAUUAUUGGAAAUCCCAGCUGCAUAAGAUCUCCAGAACUUUGCCGGAGGAUAUCAAAGGGAGGUUAAGUGUCAGCUACAAUUCGCUAGAUGAAGAAGAGAAAGAAAUGUUCAUGGAUGUGGCUUCUUUCUUUCUUGGACAGCACAGAGAUUCGGCGAUUGAAGUAUGGGAUGAAUUAGGGUGGAGUGGCUUGCAAGGAUGGGAAAAACUUGUCAACAAGUGUCUAGUUAAUGUGGACGAGCAUGAUAGUAUAACAAUGCAUGACCACCUGAGGGAUUUGGGAAGGGAUCUUGCAAGUAGGCAUUCAUCUUCUCGUGUAUGUCUUCCAGAGAGUACAUUCAACAUAGAGAAACAAGCUACGGGAAGAUCUAUUAGAGGCAUAGUUGCUGCUGGAUUAGAAUAUACUGACGAGCCAUUUUGUCAUCAGCAGCGUCCCAAAAAGUUCUGGCGCGCUCUACCUUUCUCGCCCAGAUUAAAACUUUCCACUGGCAAAGAAGCAAAGCUUAUGAAAGAUUUCGCCACACCAUCAGAUGACCUUGUAUGGCUUCAUGUCUUAGAUUUUAAGAAGAGAAAUCUUCCCUCGUGGCUUUCAUUCAGAAUGUUGAGAUAUUUGAAGCUCAGAAAUGCUGUCAACUUAAGAUACUUAUGGCCUAAUACAGAUGAUCCUCCACUGCGGUUAAGAGAAUUGUGCAUAACGAAUGGUCAUAUAUUACAAACGAUUCCUACGUCAAUAGGACUCCUGAAGGAAUUGAAAAGGAUACAACUCUUUCAUUGUAAAGCAAUGAAGAAUCUCCCAGAAGAGUUUUGUUCUCUCUCAUCUCUGGAGUGGCUAGAUCUAUGCUAUUGUGAGAUGUUGUCUUCGCUACCUAGUGGUUUCGGGGUUCUGACAAACCUGCGGCAUAUAGAUUUGUGCAACUGUAAGAGGCUGCAGAGUUUGCCAGUGUCUUUUAAGCAGCUAAGAAAUCUUCAAUAUCUAAAUUUUUGUUUCUGUGAACAACUCAGUUUUAGAUUAGACAUGCUGGAAAAAAUGGGAAAGCUGGAGUAUUUGAACUUUUCUUUUUUCAGUAACCUGGUAGAAUUGCCGAAUGGAAUCACAGGACAAGUGUAUUUGAGAGAGCUCCAUGUUUGUUAUACAGGCUUAAGGGAGGUUCCCACUAACAUUGGUCAACUUCACAAAUUGGAAACGCUGGAGAUAGGAAGCUCGUUCUUGAAUAGCCUGCCUUCCUCUAUUGAAAACUUGUCCAGUCUGACUCAAAUAGAGCUUGGCGGUAGCAUGUUCAAUUCUGUACCGUACUUCGUGGAGCGUCUAAAUAUGCUCAAGAAGAUAGAGAUAUCUGGAACAGGUGUGUUUAUAAUAUCACUACCUGCAGACUGCUGUCCCAGCCUUGAAACUCUCAUACUAGACGACAAUAAUGAGCUAAAGUGUAUUGACAGCCUGCCAACAUUACUGCAAGGUAUAGAAGUGGCGUCAUGUCGAAAUCUGAAGAGUAUAGAGGGCAUUCGUUGUCUUAGAAACCUUAGAAUUCUCCGUAUAAGUGAUUGCACUAAUCUAGAUGAGCCCUCAAGUUUUCCGUAUUUACAUUCCCUCGAUGAUAUUUCAAUAAGUAACUGCGACAAAUUUCUGGAAGCCCUCGCAAUGUGGAAAUCCAGAGGUAUACGAGGAUGGGAGGACAUGGAAAAAUUGAAAACUUUGGAGCUAGUAGCAAACAACACAUCAGCUCUCCAGCUCUGCACUCGGGAUAUAAAGAAAUGGCCAUGGCAGACGUGCAUAGUUGGAAGGGCAGUGAGUAGCGUGGAGUCAGUUAUGGAGUCACUUUCUUUCCCCAAUCUCACCGUGAUUGGAGAGAGAGAAGAGUUGUUAGAAUACGGGAAGACGCAUAGUUCAGGUGCAGCUAUCGUAUGUCUCGUUGUAAAGGUGUUUGAAGAUCAUUUCAUCGACCAUCCGUUCCUCCCGUUCAGUAAGACCUCAGUAUUAUGUUGGCGACUGAGACGUGGGCAAUGGGUGUUUGUAGGUGUGUGGAGACAAGAUUGUAACCUUUUGGACACACUUGGUAGGAUAGCGCGUAGAGAAGUUAAUAUAAAGAUAAAAGAACGAGUGGUGGCAGAAGAAGAGAGAGUAAUGGUAAUGGCAGGAGAGGAAAAGAGAGUAGUACAGGGAUUUACACAUUUGUGGCCUUUGUUUACAUGAAAUUGUUAUCCUUCCAAAUUGAGCGUGACAAUUGGGAGGAAUAAAAGUCAAUUUACUAUCAAGAUAUGUUGAUUGUACGUUUUGGAGAGGAAUAUAAAAGUCAAUUUAUUAUAUA